AUUUGCAUUUGAGCUUGAUGAUGAACACAAACUUUAAAAAAAAAUAGACAUGAAUUAUAAGCUUUGGUUGGAUUCAGUUAUUCUCAAAAGUUUUUUAUUUAGCAAGCUUGAAUGUGGCUAAACUUGGAUAAAUUUAGAUCAUUCGCAGCCCUGCUGAAAUAUCUAUUUAUAGUCAAUAGAAUAAUAGAAAUGAACACUAAAUUAUUGAUUAUGGCAGUUGCUAAAUCUGACUGAUACGGUUUGCAUUCUUGCAGAGUUGGUCGAACUUCAUCAUCAGUAUCUUGCCAAGGUAAAUAUGAGUUCAGCAGGAAUACAGCCAAUCAUAGCUUCAAGACAUCAUCUCGGUCAGAUUUUGGGACAAGACCGACAAGUGGUUUGCUUGAUUUUGAUGAUCCAGCAUCUGGCAAACCAGCUAUUUUACCCUCAACGCAGACGGCUUUUCCGAGUGAAUCAAGUCAUGGUUCAUCUUCAAUCAUCCGUAAUGAUGUUGCCGCAUUGUCAGAAACUAAACCAAGUACGGCACCAAUUAGGUGCUCCAAAGAUUACAUGCAACUGCAUGCAAACCAAAGUCCAAGUUAUUUUAUCGAAGAUGGCUGUGUCGAUACUGGGGUGUCAGGAAGAUCAAAUAGUGUGCCAUGUAAUGGUAGACUAGCAGACGAUGAAGAUGGCGGUAAAGUUCCAAAGUUAUACAUCUCCAGCAACCAUGCGGAUCAUGCUGAACGCUCUGAUUCCAACAAUUCAGUUGAAUAUGUCCAAUAUUUUGAUGAGGGCUAUUGUAAAGUAUCAGAACUCGAUGACUGCCGUGAGUUAACUGAAGCUGUUGAUGCAGACAGCAACAGCAGCCACUGCGAGAGAGAAAAGCCUGAUGAAGAUGGGGACAACAACGACGAAAUGGUGGGAGGUGUCUUCGCCUUCUGUGAAGAAGGUUAACGACGCAUGGGACUUUCACCUUCUACGGUUCUGUUGUUGUCUUCGUCACCUUUUUUAGAUGACCGAUUCUAUGUGAAUGUAUUUACACUACAACUCUUCUCUUUUCUAUUCGAUUUGAUGUGGCAAUCGAAGGUGAAACAAUGUUUAUACAAGUGAGCCCAGCCGAUUGGGAAGUCCUGAAUUUUAGUGCAGUGGGGAGACUGAAGCUGAACAUAUUCAACCAUCUUCCUUCCGGCAUUUCUCUGUAUAUUCUGUACAUUUGGAUUUUAAUUCAUGUCGAAAGACUUGCUGCCCUUUCCGGAGAUGAUCUCUGGCUAGGUGUUUACUUGUAUAGAAGUGUUUACUACUACGAACGAGGUGAUUUAUCGGCAUUAAAUUAUGUCCACUGCAUUUUACAGU